CUGAGACGGAUGACAGAGGAGCCAGACUGUUGCAGCCUCACAUUACUACCAGGUGUUUGUGCAGGGCUGUGAUCGUUGUCCAUACCUGUGAUCAAAGACAAGGCUGACAGUAAGACCAUGUUUCCACCACUGUACCAAAUCCCGAAGGCUCUUUGUCGCCAUGCAGAGCGCUGCUCAGUGUAUGAGAGGCUGAUGCAGACAAGUGUCACAACAGCUUUUGGGACUCUGCAGAUCAUGGUGGGCCUGUUCAACAUUGGUCUCGGACCAGGACGGCCAAGCCUACAUCCUGGGGAUUUGACCAACUUGGGAGCUGCGUACUGGCUCGGUGCUGUGUUCAUUGUAACUGGAGUCAUGACCAUUUUGGCCGGACAGUUUCCUUCUUCCGGCUUGGUGGGCUUCACUGUGUUUAUGAACAUUUGUGGAGCUAUCUUUGCCAUUACUGCCAUUGUGCUGUAUGCUAUUGACCUGAGCGAUUCCUCCUUCCUCUGGAUGUGUGACCUCAGUAGGAACAAUGAUCAGGAGAACUGCAGAAAUGUGGCAUUUUUUGCCCAGAGAUUGUUGAGAUCCAUGGACAUUACGCUGAUCGCCGUCGCUGUUCUUCAGCUGUGUGUCAACAUUAGGUUUUCUGUUCUGGGCAUCAAGGCUUUGUGUGAGAAGGAAAGAGAGGGUGGCAGAUAUGUUGAAGAUCACCAGGCCGAGUUGAAAGACGUCCCUCUGGUCAGUCCUGGUGCUUAAAAUAAUUUCAACAUGUGGAUUAAUGACUACAUAUAAGCACUUGCUGAAAGUAACCAAGACAAUGUUAUAUUACAUAUAUAUAAAAUCUAUACCUUUUUUUGUGUAUGUGUUUGUAAUUGUUCUUGCAGGUGAAUUAUGUUUUUGAAAUGGGAUUUUUCAUUACAAAUUAAACUCAGUUCAUCUAAACUGUAGAGGGAGGUGAAAUAUGUUAAAACCAGAAUUAUUCAUAGCCAUUCAAGUUAAAUUGCGGAAGUAAUCCCAGACAACAUGAUGGAUGUACAAACCACAUCUUCCACAUCCUUAAGUACACUAUCUCAAAAAACACUUCAUGAGCUUACUGUAUACACAAACUGUUCAAACUAAGUAAUUAAAGUCAUGAUGGUACCUUUAAUGAUCUGUUUUACUUGCUGUCUGUUUUAAUAUUGUGUAUCAACAUGGAAUAAAAAUAAUAUAAA